AUGUCGACGGUGACCUUCUGUUUGCACGGUGGCACUUGUUUCGGGACGCUCACCUAUCAACAAAAAGAGGGAAACGACGAGAGACAAAAUGAGAUCGUUGCAGCGCCGGCGAUCUUCGGUGAUAUGAGUGUGGACUAUCCGGAACACUCGGCUGAAAUAAUCAACAGGACCUACACGUUGACUGAUGAUCUCCCCGAUGCCCCUCAACUGAUGAUCGAGAUUCGGGAUCUUGAAGGUGGAAUUCUCAGCAUUUGCCUCAAUGACAGCAACAGUGAACAAGGGAAAGAGUUUGAGAUCACUGAAAAUGGCCCAUUUCUUUGGUGUCUUCAAGCCGACGAGUUGAUGCACACAUGGACUCCGACAUCAAUAAAUUCGAGUCGAUUCUCGGUUUUCUAUCGGCUCACCUCAUUCAAUGUCUCUUUGCCGGAAUGUUUCAUCGAACCGACAAGGCCUGUUGAGGAGAUCGAAGAGACGAUAAAGUCCUUUAAACUCUUCUACAUCUUCAUUCCAAUCGCAAUUGUCGUCUUCCUUUCACAACUCCUUUUUUGCACCUACCGGCUCUGCAAAAGCCUUGACCCAUGGGAGAUCGAUUCGCUGCAAUUGACGAUUUCGAAUCGAAUCGGUCGAGGAGGUUUCUCCGAUGUGUACUACGGAGAGUACCGUGGAACGCUGCCGUGUCUACUCGCGAAUCCCGAUUUAGAGGCUCGU